AUGAAGAUUGAGACACCCUUCUACUCAAAAAACAUCACACCUACCUAUGAUUCAGAUGCAAUUGAUAGACUUCGAUACUUUGCUACUGUGAUUAUCCUAGCAUCAUGUGCUUUCUUCAUCAUGGCAAAACAAUAUGUGGGGCAGUCGAUUCAAUGUUGGAUGCCAAAACAAUUCAAAGAUGGAUGGGAGCAGUAUGCGGAAACGUACUGUCUCAUUGAAAAUACGUAUUAUGUGAAUAUGAAUGAUACAAAUUUGCCGACAGAAGUAACACGAGAGAACAAAGAACUGAGGUAUUAUCAGUGGGUACCCUUCAUUCUUUUUGGAUUGGCUCUGGUUCUUUAUAUUCCGAGAGUUUUAUGGAUGACGCUUCAAUCUGUAAUUGGUAUUAAUAUCUCCAUUGUAACAUCUCAUCUUCGUAAAAAUGCAACGGAGGGAUAUGCAUCAGCAGAUCCAGAUAUUGAAAAGAAAACUAAACAAAUGCAAUACAAAAAGAAAACAGCUAAUCGAAGCGCAGAUGGAGAGUUUUGGGGUUCACGAUUGACAGUAUGUCUGAUGGCUACAAAAGUAUUUGCAACAGUCGUAAUUUUAUUAUCCAUGGGAUUCAUGGAUUACUUCAUGGGAAUGGGUCCUCUUUAUGGAUGGACUGUCACAAAGGACUUGUUGCAAGGACGUCAAUGGCAAGAGAGUGGGACAUUCCCAAGAGUCACUUUCUGUGAUUUCCAAGUCAGAGAACUAGGAUAUGUGAAUAAUUGGUCACUUCAGUGUGUUCUCAUGGUGAACAUGUUCAAUGAGAAACUAUUCAUUGCUCUCUGGUGGUGGUACGUCGUGUUGGCUGUUCUAUCAGUUUAUGACAUCUUCCGCUUUAUUUUCCGUUUCACCGUACAUCACCAAGUCUCAUUCAUUUCGAAUAUUCUUUCAAGUACCGGAGAUUUCGAUGAUGUCAGUGAUACAGAAGUCGGAGAGUUCAACAGAAAAGUUCUGAGAGUCGAUGGCAUCAAUCUGACACACCUUAUAUACGCGAAUGCUACAAUUUUUGAAGCUGCAGACUUCUAUGCACCGACGUGGUUCAACAACUUCAAGGUUUCAGCUUCGAAGACUUCCAAGACGGUUUCCCGGAUUGCCAGAUCGCCGAUUCAGAUGGUUGCAGUGGUUUCGUGA